AUGCACACCUCUGUCCAGCAGCCGCCGCCGGCAGCACCCCGCCUGGUCCUCUUCUACCCGCGAUACGCCGUGCUCUUGGCCGUGUUCUUCGUCUUGUCGAUCUUGCGGAACGUGCAGUUCGUGUACAACAAGUUGCGGCUCCGCGUGUUUUCCAUGACCUACUUCCCCAACAAUUCGCCCCGCGUCAUUCGCGACGACGUCAACAAGCUCCUGAAGAUCCCCCGACGCGUCAGUUGUAUUGUCAACUUGCGCAGCGACGACGACGAGAACGGCGGUGUCCAGGGCGUGAUCGCCGACAUUUCCGAGUUGGCCGCCUGGACCUUGAGCCUGGGCAUCCCGAGCCUCACGAUCUACGAGUACAACGGCGCCGUGAAGAGCUACUUGCCCGAGUUGCAGCGAUACAUCAGCAAGAACUUGCUUUUGUAUUUUGGCAACCCGGCGCCCAGCUUCACCAUCCGCGUCCCGCACUCGAACAUCACCCUCAGCCACGGCGACGCAGAUGCGCCGGACUUGGAGAUCUCGCUUCUCUCGCGCGUGGACGGCAAGCCCACCAUCGUGGAGCUCACCAAAACCAUCAGCGAGCUUUCGGCCAACAAGGAGUUGUCCGUGGAUGACAUCACCGUGGAUCUCAUUGACGAAGAGUUGGUCGAGCUCGUGGGGCCUGAGCCGGACUUGUUGAUCUGCUUCGGGCCCGUGCUAGAUUUGCAGGACUACCCACCGUGGCACAUUCGCCUAAGCGAAAUGUACUGGGAACCCGACAACAACAGCGUCAACUACGCCGUAUUCAUCCGGGCGUUGCAGAAGUAUGCGCACGCCAAAGUCAACUUGGGCAAGUAA